AUGUUUCAUUUCACGUCUUGCGUAGUGUUAUACGGCGGUUCGUCAGUGAACGAUUCAGUAUCAAAGAUGGCAGAAAAAAUGUUAAAGACAGUCGGUGCAGUUUUACAUGAAAUUGCACCGCCUGCGGAAAAGAGUCCUCAGAAGAUUACAGUAGUCGGAACUGGACAAGUUGGAAUGGCGUGUGCAUAUAGUAUUCUUCAACAGCGCACUUGUAGUGAACUGGUCCUGGUAGAUGUUGUCGCAAAUAAAGUAAAGGGAGAGGUAAUGGAUCUUCAGCACGGCCUCGCAUUCACCGGACGUUGUGUUGUAAAGGGUGAUACAACCUAUGAAUGUACUGCCGGCUCAAAACUUUGCAUUGUGACUGCCGGACUUAGACAGAAGGAAGGAGAGUCGCGAUUGUCUCUUGUCCAGCGGAACACAGAUAUUUUUAAGAAAAUCAUCCCAGAACUAGUCAAAUACUCUCCUGAAACCAUUAUCAUGGUCGUUUCUAAUCCAGUGGAUGUCCUCACUUAUGUGACCUGGAAGCUUUCUGGACUGCCUAGAGAACGUGUCUUCGGCUCUGGAACAAAUUUAGAUUCCGCCAGAUUCCGUUUUCUUCUUUCACAACGUCUUAAUAUUGCUCCUUCUUCUUGUCAUGGAUGGAUUAUUGGAGAACAUGGUGAUUCCAGUGUGCCGGUAUGGUCUGGAGUGAACGUCGCCGGUGUAACACUGGCAGAAGUCAGUAAAACGUUGAGCUCUAAACUCAGUUUAGAAUCAUGGGAAAUGGAUCUUCACAGACAAGUCGUGGAGAGUGCAUAUGAGAUUAUAAAGAUGAAGGGAUACACCUGCUGGGGUAUUGGUUUGUCAGUAGCAAAAAUUGCCAGAGGAAUCAUACACAAUUCUCGCAAUGUUUGUGCACUCACUACGAAUGUGAAGGGCAUGCACGGAAUCACCGAUGACGUGUAUCUAUCAUUGCCGUGUGUCGUAGGCAUGAACGGAAUCACACACAUUAUCAAGCAGAACUUGAGCAAAGAAGAGGUAGAAAAACUCCACAAGAGUUGGAAGACGCUUUUUGAAGUGCAGAGCCAGAUCAAACUAUGA